CCUUCCCCACUGCAAACCGGGGCCUCAGAUCACCUCCAUAGCUCUAAACAACCAGCAGCAUUCACUGCGUAUGCUCAACAUCGAGUUCUGGACAAUACUGCGCCUACAUUCUCCUCCCCCUCUCGCCCUCCCGACGUGUCCUAAUGUCAUCGUUGCAUGACGCAAAUCGACCGGUCGACUCCUCGAGGACAGCUAGAACGAGCUCGUCUGCCCACAACGCCGCCGAUACCAUUACUGUGCGAAUGUACGGCCCCCUGUGCCCACGGUAACCUGAUCUCCGUACACGUUCAAUCGUCGCGGAGAUUCGGUGGACCAUGGCCAACAUGAAUGACUAUUUCCAACGUCAGUACUCGACCGACGCAAGGGCCAACAUGAUGGAGAUGAUGGAGUCGGAUGGGUCUAGCCAGCAAGGCAUGGGCGUGCCGCAGAAUCUGAACGAUAUUGUGGAGAAUAAUUCGAAUAAUAUCAGGAGAAGGAGUAUGCCGGUUCACUACGCCAGUAAUCAAGCACGCAUGAACGACCCAGCAAUGAGGAGGAUAUCCAUGAUGGACUAUAAUACUUCUUCGCCUACCUCCCUGGAAGGCUUUCAAUUCGAUCCGCAGUUACCUCUAGAUGAAAUGAUGCGCAACACUUCAUUCCCUGAGACAUCGACAAAUCCUCAACUCCGAAGGCAGACUUCAACAAACGCCUUGGUAAAUGGGCCUACGUUUUCGGGCCAGGGCUCCCCUUACACAUCGAUGGCCAUGGGUGGAUCCACGUACGCAUCGCCCAUACAUGCAAACACAAACCUGGAUAUGGAAAUCGCAAACACUUUUGGACCCACAAGUCUGUCGAUGGCCAUGGAUAUGACGGAUCCUUCACUGAACAAUCUCAUGAAUGGAGACGCUAAUUCCAUGAUGUUUGGUACAGAUCAGUUUGGAUCUCCUGUACUAAAUUCACCCAUGGCUCCAGACUUUUCGUCUCUCCAAGCAAAUCCCCAACAACGCCCACCACCGAGUGUUCCAACCUUGCGAAGCCAACCAAGUCAAGACGGAAAGUCACCAUAUCCAAAGUCGGAAGCCCAGAGCAGCGCAACGCCAGAUUUCCGUGCAUCACGACUCGGCAGCCAGGAACAGAGUACGCGUCACAAUUCAACCCAAGGUAGUCUCUCGGCGUCAAACCAAGGCUCUUCCAGCAAUGUACCACAGGUCGCGCAAUUCCGGAACGAUACCUCUUCGACCCAUCAGAACAAUACCGCAACCAGUCAGAUCAUCAAGGUUCCCUGGACUGCGCCUGAAGGGGGCUAUCCUUCCACAAUGGGCAAUGCGCGACCCCACAUGGAGUCACAAUAUAAGAACGCAUAUUCCUCAACGGGAUUUGACAUGUUAGGUGUCUUGAUGCGAGUUGCAACACGACCGAAUCCCGAAAUCAACAUCGGCUCCGUCGAUCUUUCCUGUGCCUUUGUGGUCUGCGAUGCUGAACAAGAUGACAACCCAAUCGUGUACUGCUCCGAUAACUUUGAGCGCUUAACGGGCUACAAUAAGCACGAAAUCCUCGGACGAAAUUGUCGCUUCCUGCAGUCACCUGACGGCCGAGUCGAGCCUGGGAUCAAGCGAAAGUAUGUUGAUGACGACUCUGUCCUGUACUUGAAGAACAUGAUCACGACAAGGAAGGAAGCCCAAAUCAGUCUCAUAAACUAUCGUCGAGGUGGACAGCCCUUUAUGAACUUGCUGACUAUGAUCCCCAUCACAUGGGACGGAAAUAGUACGAAAUUCUUCGUAGGUUUUCAGGUCGACCUUGUAGAGCAGCCUAGUUCAGUGACGAAUAAGAAUCCGGAUGGCACAUACAAAAUCAACUAUCAGCGGGGGCUGACCAUGCCGAGAUACAUCGCCCCUGACCAAAGAUCACAGUUGGACUUAGGCCAAACGAUCACACGCGACGAAGUCUCGAAUGUUCUGAGUACCUUUGGAACGCAAGGCGAUUCCGAGUUUGCUAAACGGAUUUGGGAUAAGAUUCUUCUCGAAAAUACUGAUGACGUGGUACACGUGCUGUCUCUGAAAGGCCUAUUUCUCUACCUGUCUCCGUCCAGUCGAAAGAUUCUAGAGUACGAAGCGAAUGAGCUGGUUGGGACAGCACUAUCUUCUGUCUGUCAUCCGAGUGACAUCGUACCCGUUACCAGAGAGUUGAAAGACACCUCGAGUGGGGUCUCGGUCAAUGUUGUAUUCCGGAUACGACGAAAACAUAGCGGCUACAUGUGGUUCGAAGGCCACGGAUCGCUUCAUACCGAACAAGGUAAAGGUCGGAAAUGCAUCAUUCUCGUUGGACGUGAGCGGCCAGUCUAUACUCUGAGCAAGAGCGAUAUAAUGGAAUCCGGAGGGAUCGGCGAUAACGAGUUGUGGACGAAGAUGUCAACUUCUGGAAUGUUCUUGUUUGUGUCUUCAAAUGUUAGACAACUCCUUGACCGCCAGCCAGAAGAGCUUGUUGGAACGAGUAUUCAGCUUCUGAUGCGCGGGGAUUCGAAGAAAGAGUUUGGCCGUAUUCUUUCCAUCGUCCGGACGGGAAAAAAGGCAUCGGUCAAGCACGAAAUGAUGAAUAAGCGGGGACAGAUUCUCCAGGCAUUCACGACUGUAUACCCGGGUGACGCUAUUGAAGGACAGAAACCGACGUUUCUAGUAGCCCAGACUCGUAUGCUCAAGUUUUCCCGGGGAAGCACGCAACGUCAAUUACUAUUAGCUAAAGUGGAUGCGACAUCCCACCAUUCUGGAUCCUAUGCUCUUGGUACAAGCCAAGGCACAGGUAAUGAUACACCUGCAUCGGGUGUAUCUGCGAGCCAAUUUAUUGCCACGAACGAGUCAGCCGCGACACAUGCUGGUAAGGACGGCCUCAAACUAGGACAUCAAGACGCCAAAUUAGCAUCCGACGAGAAUGUCUUUGAUGAGCUGAAGACGACGCGAAGUACAAGUUGGCAGUACGAGCUCAGGCAGAUGGAGAAGCGUAACAGACUACUGGCUGAAGAAGUACAGAGCUUACUGGCAGCUAAGAAGAAGCGUAAGAGGAGAAAGGGCGCAGGGCAACUGAAGAAAGAUUGCGCAAACUGCCAUACGAGAGUGACGCCGGAAUGGCGGCGCGGACCCAGUGGCAAUCGUGAUUUGUGCAAUAGCUGCGGUUUGCGGUGGGCAAAACAAAACGGUCGGGUUUCACCUCGAACUUCAUCUCAACACUCUGCAUCAGCCCAAAGCGACAAAGGCAGCAAAGGCAGCAAGACCAGCGCAUCUCCGCGUGGCCAUAUCAUUGGCAAGCCAGAUUCGCAGACGUCGCCAAAGCAAGUGAGUGCUGACAAUCACAAUGCUAAGGUUGCUAGGAUGGAGGUGGCAGCCUCCCAAGGCCUAUCUGGCGGCGUGCCUCCGAAGAUUGACGAGGGUGUCGAGCCAGAGUGAUGAUAGACGGAAUGACAACCAUCUAUGGCUAUUUAUUCAACAUCUUCUGUAAUUUGUUAGGGCUCCGGCUUGGUCGCAACGAUACCCAUCGUAUUCUGGAUAGAGGAGUAGGUCUGGUGUGCAGAAGCUUUAUUGAGUACUGACCACUCUGGUGUAUUCCCGUUAAUGUAAAUUCAGUAUUGGGCGAUUUGGCGUUGCAUUUGGCGUUUCUGUGGGAUCGUCUAGCGCAAUUUCUGGGACGUGUCUGGUUAGAUUUGUACGUAUGGUGGUGUGAUGAUAGCAUCGGACGACCUCAGGUUCCGCUGAGCGGCGAAGGAUUGAUGAGAUGAGCGACGCAUAUAUUGUUUUGUUGUAGGUACGCGAGUACAUGCGAAAGGCACACAUCUGCUUGACACAAAAC